CAGAGACCAACUUUAUGCCAUGAACAUGUCUUAAAUUAUUGUUGAAUGUUUUCAUCUCUGCAUCUAGAAGCAACUCCAAAACAGUAUGGGGCAGCGAACACACAGUUAUUUUCCCCCUUUCGUCCUCCUUCUCUCACUCUGCUGGGUUCAGAGGUCAGACACUGAUGGAGAGAGAUGGUCUUGUGAACGUUGUGACCAACGGUUCUUCUGUAACUGCUCCUACAGUGGAUUUGUUCAUGUUCCUGUGGUUUCAGACCACGCCUUGACUCUUGAUCUCUCCUUCAACAACAUCACUGAGGUGACUGAUGAUGAUCUGACCGGCCACAGGAAGCUGAGAGCCUUGAGUCUACACGGUAACAGUCUAGCUGUGAUCCAUCCAUCAGCGUUUGAUUCUCUUUGGAGUCUGGAGAAUCUGGAUCUGUCUGAUAAUAACCUGACUGCUCUCAACCAUGAAUGGUUCAACAAGCUCAGUGCUCUGCAGCAGCUCAACCUGCUCAACAACCCCUACAGCUGUCUGGGGUCUCCCCCCGUGUUUCAGAGCCUGGUCAGACUGAGGAGGCUGGCUUUUGGAGGUCCUGCUCUGCUGGAGAUAAAGAGAGGAGAUCUGUCAGGGGUCACAGAGCUGGAGGAGCUCACUCUACAUGCCAAUAACCUUAAAAGGUACGAGUCUGGGGCUCUGGCAGGUAUAUGGCCACUAGGUCAUGUCACUUUGAGCCUCCAGGGUCCAGUUUCAACAGACAGAGCCUUAGCUUCAGCUGUUCUCGCUGAUGUGGCAUACUCAAACACACCCAUCGUUGUGCAAGAGGUCUAUCUGGUUGGGACUGGAUCUGUGGAGCCCCUCACAGAGUUGACUAAGAGGAGAAUCAGGAGCGUUACUCUCAGGAACGUUACCUUAUCAGACGAGGCAGUCGUUGAAGCCCUAUCGAUGACUGCUGGAGUGCCGAUCACUUUCUUUUCUUUAGACGAUGUCAUACUGACCGGUGAAGGCAGGUGGGAGAAGGGCAAUGAAACACAUCUCAGCAGCCUCGAUGAGGUGUUUGUACGACACAUCGUGAUCCUGGAUCUCUUUAAAUUUAUAAAGGUUGCAGAGUACUUCCGUCUGCUGCGCUACCCAACAAAAAUCUCAAUAAUCGACACUGAGACAUUUGUGGUGAACUGCCCCUCGACAUACUUGCUCCUGAACCUGCAGUACGCGGAUCUGUCCGACAACCAUGUGAGCGACCUGGCUCUUCAAGAGUCCCUGUGCCAUGGAGAAAGCCCACUGAAGGACCUGCGAGUUUUAAACAUCAGUGGAAACUUUCUGAGGUCUCUGUCCACAUUGACUCGAAUGGUAUUUAAGCUCACCAAACUGACCCACCUGGACAUCAGCAGGAAUGGAUACAGCUCCAUGCCUCAGAGCUGCUCCUGGCCACACACCCUGAGAUACCUCAACAUCUCUUGGGCUAAACUUACAGAAGUCACCAGCUGUCUACCCACAACCCUGGAGGUGCUGGAUCUGAGCUACAACAGUCUCAAAAACUUCUCCCUGUCCAUGCCUUUUCUGAGAGAGCUCUACCUCUCUGGGAACAAGUUCCUGAGUCUGCCACAUGGACGGCUGUUCCCUAAUCUGGAAACAAUGUCAAUACAGUCAAACACCAUGAACAUGUUUGGGCCUUCAGACCUCCAGUCCUACAGUCGACUCCAGAGCCUCCAGGCGGGUCAGAACAAAUUUGUCUGCUCCUGUGACUUUGUCAGCUUCCUCCAGUCUGCCUUCAAAGAUGCUGGAGAGGUUCAGAUAACAGACAGAGAGGAGAGCUACGUCUGCGACUCCCCUCUGUACCUGCAGGGACGACCAGUUGGUGGAGUCAGUCUCUCUGUUGUUGAAUGCCAUCAGGUUUUGUUCGUGUCUGUGAGCUGUGGUGUAGCACUGUGUGUUGCCCUGCUGGUGAGUAUCCUGCUCUGGCGCCUCCAUGUAUUCUGGUACCUCAAGAUGACUUGUGCAUGGGUAAAGGCGAAGAGGAGCAGUCAACAACGGAGAAAAAGGGAUAGGAUGGAUACAGAAGCAUUGCUGUCCUUUGACGCCUUUGUGUCCUACAGCGAGAGGGAUGCUAGCUGGGUGGAAAACUACUUGGUACCUGAACUGGAGGAGCCAGGAGAGAAUGGUGAGGACUCCUCAAACCCCAGAGGCCCCAGACCUCUGACCCUCUGCCUCCACAAGCGGGACUUCCUCCCCGGACACUGGAUGAUGGACAACAUCAUGAGUGCCAUCGAGCGAAGCCGGCGGACCAUCUUCAUCCUCUCUGAGAAUUUCGUCCAGUCCGACUGGUGCCGCUAUGAGCUGGACUUCUCCCACUUCUGGCUCUUUGAUGGGAAUGCUGGUGAUGAGGCGGCCAUCUUGAUCCUGUUGGAACCGCUGUCCAGAGACAACAUCCCCAAACGCUUCUAUAAACUACACAAACUCAUGAGGUCCACCACCUACCUGGAGUGGCCUCAGGAGGAGGAGAGGGUUGUGGAGUUCUGGGAGAGUCUUCGUAGGGCUCUGAGAGUGGAAGAAGAGGACGAUGACUGAGACAAAGAAACUGGUCAAACUACACAAUCAAAAUAGUUCAGUUUUAAUCAGUUUAAUACAUAUUUCCAUGGUGAUAUAUACUUUCACUUUUGAUUAUUCCUUGAAAUUUUGUUUGUAAAGUUAUUCAAUGCCAUAAAAAUGGUCAUAUCACUCUAAUUGAAAUCCCUUUAGACUGUGUCUUCCCCAGUGUUGUAUACGUAGGAUUAUAGAACACUGGAGAAGACACAGUCUAAACAGACACAACAUUCCCAUAGUCCGUCGGUUUUCUAGAACCCUGCCUUUAACCAGUUGAAACCUGAGGGUUUUGUUAUUGUAUCUGUAAAUUAAAAGAUUGUGGUUAGCGGAAGAGGCAGAACUAAAACCCUCUUAUGUUUGUGUAACACAGAUAAAGAUUGAUUGAUGGAGUAGUUGAAGUCAAUACAUUUGGUCUUUGCUUCAAAUCCAUCAAUCUACUUGCAGUCUUUACUUGUGUAGUGCUAACGUAGGCAGAUUUUCCAUUUGGCCAAAAGUAGGCAAUUAAAGCAAAAAAAAGGAGCACCCUCCAAGCAAAAAACUUCUCAAGGUGCCAGACAAAAAAGACUUACUAGAAAAAGAGAGAGGUGUCAGCACUCAAAAUGUCCUUUUAGGUAGUUUUAUCAAAGGCAAACAAGGCACAACGAACGCGUUUCGACUUACCCCCAAUUUCCAUAUGCAGCGUGUGUGCCGCAGAACGCCGGCGAAUCGUCCUGCAGAGCACUUCACUCCCUCUCUUGUCUAUCAGAGCAUUUCCAUAGCCGGCGCUCUUGACCGGCAGUGGCGCGUGCCUGGAGCGGCACUUCGCUGCGCUUUGUUUCAGAUACGCUGCAGGUCUAUUUCAGCGCCGGCCACUGCCAAACCUCGUAAAUUCACUGUCGUUCAGAAAGCACCAACUAUGGAAGUCACAAGCGUACAA